AUCACGUGGUACGAAGACUUGCGUUGUCGGGGAAACUAACGGUUCUUGUUUCGCACACACAGUCCAGAUUAAACAUCAUUAUAACGGGGAAAUUAACAAAAAAAACUAACCACAACCCCAAUGAAGACACCACUCCAAAAUACGAGACGAGGAACGGUUCGGGUAGAACCGGGUCAGGAGGAUCCAGCGAAGGCCUUGGCUCGGAUCACUCAGGCCGGAGAUGGAGGCCAGGUUCAACUGCGACGGGACGGGACUGGAAAUGAGUUCAAGACGUGGGAUAAGAAAAACUACUCAUUUAGAGCAAGUCAACAGGAAGCAGGAGGUGGACAAGCCCUCACACAGACACAGACCUCACCCAGACUGGGAGAUCGGCGUCCAAUUAUCUGUUUCACCAUCCCGCCAACAGACCAAGAUCUGAAGCAAAUACAGACUGUGCAACACAAGGAUGGACGCAUUAAACGGCCCAUGAAUGCCUUUCUGAUCUGGGCUCGCAUCCACCGAGAUGCCCUGCAGAAAGCCUGCCCCACAGUCAGCAAAAUAGACAUCAGUGCUCAGCUGGGCUUUGAGUGGUCUAAGCUCACUGAUGAACAGAAGAGGCCGUACUAUGAAGUGGCUCAGAAACUGAAAGCAAUGCAUGAGCGUCAGUUCCCUGAUUACGUUUAUCGCCCCAAGAAGAAGAAAUGCGGAAAAUAUUUCUCAAGACAGCAAAGUGGACAGAAAGCAGGGCAGUACCAGGAUUAUGCCGUUUCCUUUUGUCACUCAGAAGCCAGGCCUUCAGCUCAGUCCGCACUGCUUGAUCCUUGCAUGUAUGCAUGUCCCACCAUGAUGCCCUACACAGUCGGCUACUAUCCCUACCCAUCUUUUUACCUGUAUCAGCCGGUGGGCCUCUACUAUGCUCUACAGCAUCACUCAAGAUACUCAAAUGUCAGCAGCUCCAUGGAAGAAUGCUGGAGUCAUAACUACGCUCACAUGCAGACGGACUCAAUCGCUCUGGCUGCGCUCAACCUGGAAACCAUGCAGCAUGUGCAACAUCCAGCCAGCGUUAGUCGAGAAGUCGUUACUGGCUCUGCUACAGAUUUGCAGCAACUUGAACAGCCUGAUACUGACACCACACAACCGCUGCCUCUGAACAGUGAGGUGGUGUGUAAAUGUGAGGAUGAUAUUGAUGUUGUUGGUCUGUUCUAGCAGAACACAAGCGAAGCAAAACAGGCAGGUAUUUGGGGUCAAUUUCCCUCUUAUACCUGUACAUGGUUUCAUGUUACCAUGCAUAUCCUUUCAAUUUUGAUGACAUUACAGAGAAAAUAAAAGUUGUAUUCAUACU